AUGGCCCUCAAGUCUUCGAAGAAACACGAUAAGGAAAAGAAAGUGAAGAAAGAAAAAAAAGAAAAGAAGGAAGACAAAGGCUCAGCAGCCAAAGGCUCAGCAGCCACUGCCCCAGCAAACCGGCCGCCUGCUAUCCGCAGGCUGAACUUGAAGACCUCCCCGCGCAGUGCAAAGCGCAAGCCCCUGUCACAGCCAGCAGCCGACCCCAAGCCCGAGAAGGAAGAGCAGAAGACAGAAGAGCCCAAAGCCCCAAAGGCCCCCAAGGCUUCCAAGCAGGCCCCCGAACAGACCAAGGAGCCUCAGUCGACUGAGAACCGUGAGAAGGAGCAGAGUGCUCCCAAAAGGGCCAAGAAGGAAGUCCCGGAAGCUCCUGCCGUUUCCCCGAAGGACCACCCAACGGACAGCAAGAAGCAGGCUUCGGAAAGUGAGACGCCCGCGCCACGGAAGAACCUGCUGGAGCGGUUUGACACCCAGGACGCCGAAGUCAACGAGGAGUAUCUUGAGAAGCUCUUGCGGGAGAUGAGCGAGAGUCCUGGGCCGAUCAAUAAGAGCGACGACGAGGAGAGCUCCGGGGCCGAGUCGGAAGGAGAGGAUUCUGAGGCAUCCUCUCAAGGCGAAAGCUCCUCAGAAGAGUCUUCGAGCAGGGGCUGCGAGGAGCAGAGCGGCAACGAGAGCGACGACAAGGAGGCAAAGAGCCCCACGGCAUCUUCCUCUUCCGAUACGGAGGACGACGAGGAGGAAGAGGCAGCAGAUGGCAAUAGCACCAAGCAGUCCGCACUGGUGCCAGUAGCAAAGGCAGAAGAUGCGCAGCCAGGCACUUGCUUGGCUUUGGUAGCAGCGGGGGCUGAAAACGCAACCGCCGGCCAAGCCAACAGCACGACGAACAAGCGCGAGUGGGACGUGUUUACACGGGAGUGUCACAACCGGAAAAAGUUUCCGGUCGAGCUCGCGGACUACUAUGAGAAGUCAAAGACCGACAUGUUCAACUUGGUGAAAGUCACUGUGGAGCGCAUGCGAGAAAAGAAAACCACGGCAAGACAGGGAGCUCUUGCCAUGAAGAAGAGGGACAUCAUCAAGACCUACCCCGGCAGAGGAGAGGAGCUUUGCAAGAAGCUCCGGUCAUCAGGCCGGUUUUAUCGUGACGAGGAGUUCCCGAGCGACAGUGAAGAAAUUUUCUACUACGUGCGCCAGCCGAGGAAGGUGAAUGUGGAUGUGAUUGUUGGUGAGAAAGCAUCGAUGUCGGGCAGCAUGGCAGUGGAGGACAGUGCUGCAAUGGAGCAGAUGACCGGACAGGAUGGUGUAUUCGCUGCUGGUGCUUUGCCAGCAAUGAAGACGGACGGUGCAGCCGGAGGCAAAGCACUUGCCGAAGUGCUGGUUGAUGAAGCCAUCGAUAAGAAAAAAAGCAAAAAGAAAAAAACCGGUGAAACCACAGAGCCAGUCGAGCCGACCACCAUCAAGGACCAGGCUGAGGAGAUGGCAAAAGACAUGCUCAAGACGUCUGGGGAUGCUCGCAAGCUGUCUCUCAGUUUGCAGGGGCUUGAUAUGGCCGGGACGUUGUCAAAGGAUUUGGCAGCAUUCUCGAAAGAGUGCGAGAAAAUGUUCACAGAGGUGCAGAAAAGGCUGCGCAAAAAGAACCACAAGAAGAAGGACAAAAAGGCUUUCGCAGAGUUUGUGAAUGUUUCCAAAGAGAAGAUGGAUUGGUGGAAACAAGCCGAGGUAGCGGGCAAGGCUUUCACUUCCGCAGCCAACAGAAAGAAGAAGGCCAAAGCGAAGGCAUCGGGCGGCAAAGACGGACUGUUGCCGUUCACCUUUCAUUGUGACGGCGCAGAGUUCUAUAGCAACUCCGAGUUCAUGGUGUGGAGCUGCUCGUCCAUUUUCGCGACUGGAGAUGUUUGGGAUAUCAACCUCCCUUGUGUUAUCGUGCCCCACGAGUUCAUGGCUGACAUUGAUGCGGUUCGGGAGCAUGUCCAUCGCCACGUGGCUCAGCUCAUGGCUUGGUCUAUGGACUGCGCCAUGCAGGGCAAGGGCCCAGAAGUGGGAUUCCACGGCGAGAAGUUCGAGAAUGGUUCCCUUCGCCAGAAGUUGGCAGGUUUGUUGCCAGUUGCAGCAUCGCUUCAGGAAAGCUUGAGGAUUAGUUUCCGGAGGAAAUUCUUCACUCCUUCGAACACAGGCUUGGGAACCGCCGACUACCCGGAACUGUCCACCACCUGGAAGGCUGCGGAAAUCAAGAUUGUUGUCUGGUUCUUGACGACGAAAGCUGCGCAGUAUAAUGCCGACACGGACGACACAUGCAUGAUUUGGAGAUAG